GUGUGAUUUUAAGAGUUUAUAAGAUAACUAAUCAACAAACUUUGAUGCAAAAUAUAUUGAUAAGGAUUUCCAGUAAUAUGAUUUAGGUGUUGAUAAGAUAAAUAAUUCAGGGAGAAUGGAGAACACAUCUAAUUGUAAAUAUACUGAUUCUUGAUUUUUGAUUACUCAACACGAGAGGAGGACAUUCAAGAAAUUGUUCCCCGCUGAGUCAGGCGUUAGAGUAGAAUAAAAAUAAAGUGAUUAAUUCAUUUAAUUAUCCCUUCAUCUGUGUUUAGCUCAAGUCAUGAUAGAUCUGACUUUGUUCUCAGCUCAAACGAAAAAACAAACGGACAGAUUUAUGAACAAACAAUAACCGAAAUAUAAAUACAAUAUAAAGUAACAAACGACAACAGUAUCUGUUUAGCAAAGAUCUAGCCUUUUGUUUCCUGAGUAGAAGCUUAGGGUUACAGUCGGUUAAAAACGGUAAUCAGACUUUUGUAGAUUAAGCCAAUGUUCUUACUCAAAGAAUGUCACAUUAUCGUUGUUUAUCUUUGACAGGAACACACAACCAUUAAAGAACAUGGCUGAUAGUAAAAAAGAGUCAUUGCUGUUUUAAAAAUACUUAUGUCACAAAAUUGGAACACAAGUGGAUGUACGGACUAGACGACUGAGUUUCAUUAUUUGCGAUAUCCACAACCACCCACAAAAACGUAAUGCAUUUAGACUUUUUCCCGAAAUAAGCAGUGGAAGUAAAGCCGAAGGUCUGAAUUUGAGUGGAAGUGAUGUAGACAUUAUGUUAAUUGAUAUGCGUUUUGAAGUUUAUGAAUCCGAAAGUGAAGUUGUGCAAGGCUGGAAGGUAGUCCUUAUAAUGGAUACAGAAGAUGCACCACAUUGCUUUUCAAAACUGCGUUUACUUAUAGAUAACAACCGUAUAGAAGAUAACACUGGAAUAUUUAAACGUUUCUUACAUUUUGAAGGAUCUAAGAGUCUCUUAUCAAGUGAAUUGUACAAAGAACAUAACCUUACUAUGAUAAGGCAAGCUGCACCAAAGUUCAACACAAUUCAUGGUCCUUGUAUAUCAGAUUAUAAUGAACGUUAUGAUUUUGCACAUUGUCUAAAAUGUGCCAAAUGGAUAUCUCAGGCACACCCAUGGAUCCAUAGACCACGUGCAGCAUGGCCUAGCGCAGACAACAUUGAAAAAAUAAUCAAAUGUGGCGUUUUAUUUGUUCCCAUUGGAUGCAAAGAAUCUAGCAUUGAAAACCUUCAAUGGCGAAUAUCAUUUUCCGUACCAGAGAAAAUUCUUAUCUUUUCAUUCAACCAUACCCAACUUCUAUGCUAUGCAUUGUUAAAAAUCUUUUUAAAAGAAAUUAUAGAGAAAUAUGAAGAUUUAAAAGGUUUACUAUGUUCGUAUUUCUUGAAAACGCUCAUGUUUUGGAUUUCAGAAGAAUACGAUUUAUCUAUCUGGACCCCAUACAAUAUAAUAUCCUGCUUCAAGGUGUGCUUACGAAGACUUUUAUACUGUGUCAAAUACUCAACAUUACUUCACUUUUUCAUACCUGACAAUAAUUUAUUCUAUUUGCGGUUCAACGAACAAAAUAAGGUGACCUUACUGAAGCUCCUUAAAGAUGCAUACAACCAAGAUAUCAAAUGUUUCUCGUCAUCAAAAACUUUGAAUGAUUAUCGAAGAUAUGUCACCGGAAUAUUUGAUGGAUCCUUCAGCAUUGUAUCGGAAAUCAUGAAAAUCUUUUCAAGUGGCCUUGCUUCAUCAAAGCAUGGAAAUAUAUUUUGUCUAUUGAGAUAUUUCCUGUAUCAUUCUAGGAGCUCUUUAUCGAGAGAUCUUUUUACUUUGUUUCUAUCGUAUGCGAACACCUGUGAAUCACAGCAUUCACGAAUUCACAGCAAACAUAAUAAGCAAAAAUAUUUUACAUACAGACGUAAUAUCAGUCAACUAUUGAUAAGCGUGCACUCAGAUGCUGUAUCUGGGUGGUUGUUGUUAGCCUCUUUUUUCUACAAUCAUAAAAAAUACAUGGUGUCGAUCUUGCUGAUAGAUUAUGUUUUCUCGAAAUACACCGAUGAAAAAUUAGAAGCUCCAAACGGUGUCUGGCUCGGUUUCAAUCGGAACCAACAGUUAAUGCUCAAUUUGACAAAACACGAAAAUAUUUUAACUGUUUUAAAGGCAUUUACAAUACAAGAGCUGAGAUUUAGUGAUAACUCACAAAUGAUUCCUUUUGAACUGCAACAAGUUAUAAUGACUAAGGAGAAUCGCAUCAUUCAUCCAAGACCAUUUGCACAUUUCCUGAGUUUUUUAUGCUAUUACCAUUUACGUGACUUAACAUCCUGCAGACGUUCUAUGUAUCAGUUAAACCAAACAGUCAAAGAUUGUAACCCUGUUCAGAUUUGUCGUGAUGGCAAUACUGUGCAACUAAAAUAUUUUCAAGAUAGUAGACAUUUAAAUUUUUUUGAUUUGGUUUAUACUGUGAAAUUUUUGGGAAUUUCACAUAACAUGAUCGGUGAACCUGUCAGUGGCCUUGCAAGAAAAUAUUCCCAAAUGUUUGACAAUAUGAAAUAAAAUGUCUCGUUGCAAGAAGA